AUGACCGCAGGUGCUCUCCUACACCACGCCAACUUCAAGGGCGCGAUGCUGAAGGGCGCCUCGAUGCGCGACAUGCGAGCCCGUCGAGUGCCCCGCCCGGCACGCCACCGGAUCGCCGCGCUCUCACCGGGGGCGUCCUUCGUCCACUCCACUUUCGAGCGCACCAACUUGCGCAAGGCGCGCUGGAGCGACGUCACCCUCGACCAUGCGUACUUCCGCCAAACAAAGUUCGAAGGCUUCUCCCUCUCGCACGCCUUCCUCGUCGAGGCGUCCCUCGACGGCGCGCCGCAGAGCGCCAAUCUCGAAAGGGCCACUCUCCAGGCGCUCGCGGCGCCGCGUGCGUCGCUGCGCGGCGCCAACCUCCGCGGCGCCAACCUCCGCUCCUCGCGCUUCCCGCGCUGCGACGCCACCGGCUCCGACUUUGCCAACGCUCAGCUUGACGGCGCCGACUUCUCCUUCGCCUCCCUCGACCGCGCCAGCUUCCGUGGGGCGGCGGUUGGAGGCACCACCUUCCUCUCGGCGAGCCUCGACUUUGCCACCUUUGACGGGGCGGUGGGGCUGGAGCGAGCCGACUUGCGGCAGUACACGGGCACCGCCUUCGGGAUCAGCUGCGCGCAACCGUGCUGCGCAUGCCGCAGCAUUUCCGCGUGA